AUGACGCGGAAGGAGAGUGGAACACCGAGGAGGGAAUCGGCUGAGAAGGACCAAGGUGCCAGGAACCAUCGAGACUCCUCGGUCGAGUCCUGUAUCGUCCUGGCCAUCUCAACAAUCGUCGCUGCACCUCACGUGACACGAUCAGCAGAUUCCGAGGCAUCCAUGGGCAAGGAGAGUCCUGUGACGCCAGAUGAGCAACCAAUCAAAUCCGAAGAAGAAGAUCGUAUCGGCAUGCUGAUGUCCUUGUCAAUGGUUGAGCCCUCUGGCCAGUGCAAAGCAACAACUCCCGAACCACUGGAUUUCUCUUGCCACGAACAUCAGAAACAGAAGUGCGAGACUCUCCCAAUUCUGGUGGAUUACGGCAUUCCAGAGCAAAGGUUCGAGGAGCCUACAACGGAGGAGAGGUCAGAUAUUCCUGUAAUGAAAGACACACCAGACUCUAUACCCGAUUUGCUUUUAAGAAGGAAUCCUCAGAAGGCAACAGUGACAUAUCUCGAGACAAUCGCCGUUAAGAACAAGAUUGCCAAAGAAGAGGAACUACAGAAUAAGCUCCAGGACAAAAUGGACUACAACUGCAAUGUAAUCCUCGAUUGCGAUGUCAGUAUUGACGUUGAGCGUCGUGCAAUCGAGAGUGCCAGACGCAGAGGGAGGCCAUUUUGGAUCCCAUGGUCGAUGGAACGUCAACGCUACCUUACGUCCAAACGCAAGAACCUUCAGAAGAAAAAUGCUGAGAUGGAGGGAGUAAGGAAGCGUCGCUGCAAGAAGCUUGAUGGACUGAUGUCUGAGAAACAAAAACUUGAGGAGGAUGUUACUGCAUAUUGA